AUGAAGUGUUGUUACAAAGGAUCAUCAAUUCUCGCUACCGAUUAUCACCCAUUCCUCUGUAAACAACCCAUCUCCUCUUCUUCUUCUUUUUUCCCUUCUACUCUCUCUUACCCGACCCGAAACCGAUUCUCAUCAACCCGGAUCCAAGCCCGAAUCCUCCACGACGAUCCGGUCAAACAAUCGGAAGAAGAUUUAAGCUUCUACGAUCUUCUCGGAGUCACCGAAUCCGUUACUCUCCCGGAAAUCAAACAAGCCUAUAAACAACUCGCUCGAAAAUACCAUCCCGAUGUUUCGCCGCCGGAUCGAAUCGAGGAAUACACAGAUCGGUUUAUUAGAGUUCAAGAAGCUUACGAAACUCUCUCAGAUCCUCGCCGAAGAAUUCUCUAUGACCGUGAUUUGUCUAUGGGAUUUUCGUUUUCCUUCUCCGGUAAACGCCGGAAUCGAUACGAUGAGGAAGUGGUGGAAGAGAAGAAGAGUGAGUGGAAGCAAAAAUGGCAAACUCAACUCUCAGGGUUAAAGAGAAGAAGCAAUCUUAAAAACAACAAUAACUCAAUGUCUUGGGCUGCUAGAAUGCGCCGCCAAAAUCACACGUCUGAAGAUUCUCCUUAA